UGAAGUUUGUUCGAGUUUGUGAAGUCUACUACGGCUAUAUUGCGUAGCCAGCGUGGCUUCACCGCGCUUCGAUUUCGCGAGGAAAACCACGCCGCUUCACAACCCACCUACGAAGAUGUUUUAGAUAGACGUCUAAAUAAGCGUAUAAGAAAGCGCGUAAAACCAAUUUAUAACGGUGCACAAGCCACGCCACGUGCGGCGAGGCUAACGAAAGUACUUCCUUACCUGGAAAGUAGUCCUAGCAGAGCCUUUGGCUUGCUGUUGCUGUUUUUUGUUUCGUUGUUUGGUAUAGAGCUACCGCUUUCCGAGCUGGGCACCAUGGGAAAGGAUGAUCAAGGCGCGGGUGACCCGCUCGACAACGUGCUCUACUGCAGCGGCUUACGUCGGCUCAGCGUGUGGCCGUGGUUCAAAGCAGUUGCCAGCUUGUUGCUGACCGAGCGUCAAGGUUCCGUUUAUGCGGUUCAAUGCUUCCCUGGGCUUUUGUCGGAAUUCGUUCAGCGGGUCGUCGAUCGUUUGCGUGGGUUCGGGCAUACAGUGCCUGAGGUAGCUACUUACAUGCUGGAGCUUGGGACGUACAUACUUGAGCACGGCUUACUGGAUCGAGUACGCCAGAGGAGUGACAGCGAGUAUGUCGUUGCUACGCUGUGCGCUCGGUAUGCUGUUGCUGCUGGUCACCUUCCUCCUAACGCACUCGCUUCGGUGCAAUGGCAGCUCCAGCUGGGGGAUCCAGACGUGGUGCGGCAACAGGACCUCAUGCGGGCAGAUGCUGUUGCUGUUGCGUUGUACCAGACUAUCGCUCGUCUGCAACAGGAGCAAGCACAACAGCGAGGGCAUCUGCCGAGCGCUGGUGUGCAGCGUACAGUCGCAGGAGGAGGUAGCUCGGGGCAGGCGGGUUUGUGCGGUACGGCUGCGGGGGUCGGCGGAGGCUCCAGGCUAGGGGCCUCGGCUGCGGCUGGCUUGGGCCUCGGUCUUUGGGCGCCGCUGCCUGGUUGGGGCUUGGGCCUAGCGGCUCUGGCGGGGACGGUGGGACUCCCGGUGGGCUUCGGCCUAGCGGCUCCGGUGGGGACGGUGGGACUCCCGGUGGACUUCAGCCUGGCGGCUCCGGCGGGGACGGUGGGACUCCCCGCCGCGGCGCAGCCUGGUUGGGGCUUGGGCCUAGCGGCUCCGGCGGGGACGGUGGGACUCCCGGCGGGCUUCGGCCUGGCGGCUCCGGCCGGCGCGGUGGGAAUUCCCGCAGUGGCGCCAGCAGCGGCAGCAGCAGCGCCGGCGGCAGCAGUGCGAGGGCUGGGAUUGGGGCAUGGGCGUUCCACUGCGCUGCAUGUACAGCAGAACGACCUUUUGGGUGCACCAGCAGCGGCAUCGGCUGCAGCCAGGCAGGCGCGCAGACGUGACAAUGCAGCGUGUAGGCUUCAGCGGAGGCAACUGAUGGCAGCAGCUAGGCAAGCUUGCCAGCGUAAGCGUUCUCGACCUGUGGGUGGGUUGUCUCACGAUGAUUACCUCGAGUCCCUUUCAGGCUGCCUCUGCUUGCCGCUUUUCCGUCACGACAAUCCAGCUGUACCUGAGCUGCCGACGUUCUUAGAGACACAAACGUCUGCUUGGCCAGCUCGGGUGCAGGACUUGCCAGCAGGUGAACAGCCUCCCCAGGUACCGUUUUCGGAGCAGAUAACUUUGGCUUGUGGCCUCGCCGAGUUCGUUCGCGACAACAUGCCAUCACGGGUGUGUGCAGUCUGCAGCGAGUGCAAGUCCGCUUCAGAGGUCCGGGCGCUGCAGUUCAGCGAGAUAGCUGGCGUUGAGCUGCUACGUGCUGACAUGCGGCGGACUGCGGCUGUGCCUCGUUGCGCGCACGUUCUGUAUUGGCGGUGUGUCGAUCGGCGUGAUUGCAAAAACCCGCCGGAUCCUGUACUGCCACGCGGCUACAAGGCCGCUGGUGGUCAGUCGGGCAACGUCGGCGUAGUUGACACAUCCGCUGGCGAGGGCAGCGGCGAGACCAGCAGCGGCCUUGACGACUCUACCGAUGAUCGGCCGUCACGCCGACGAUGCUGCGACAUAGACCGUCCUCCAACGUAUGCGCCACGGGUAGGGGUACGGCUGUGUGACGAUAACCCCGUGGCGGUGGAGGUGCCGUACUGCCCAACCGAACGAUGAACGUUUCAGCGGACGGCGUGGAGCGCUUUACGGUCUGCUCGGAAUGCAUACAGGCCUUACAGGGUGGGCGGAUCCCAGAUGGGGCGCUGGCUCGGUUGGAUCCCGGCGACGUACCCCCUGUAAAUCAGCAUGGUCAUUCGCUCGUACCGCUGACGCAUCUGGAGAGCUUGGUGGUGGGCCUCGCUCGCCCUCACAUGCGGCUGCUCGUUGUGCGGCAGCCGGGUACACCCAGCUGGCGCGCGGUGGAUACCUUGCCAGCGGCGUUGCGUGGGCAUACGCUCGCCUUUCCAAACGACGUGCCCAGCGAGCUCCAGCGUGUUGUGCCAUACGCUCCAGCGGAUCUGCCGUCCUUCAUUCAGGUCGUGCUAAUUGAUGCUGUCAAAGAUCGUGCCGACCUCGAGGCCAAAGUGCGGCAGGCACCAUGCUUGAAGAUGCGGGGCCUGGCUAUCGCUGCAUGGGCGGAGUGGGCCGUUCACGUGAAUCCAAUGGCUCAGGUGGACCACGCUGCACUUCAGCAGUAUCGCGCUCUGGGUGCGGAGCCGACGGUGCCAGAGCCGUUAGUGGCGCACGCGGUGGCUACAGAUGACCCAGACACGGCAGCGGUCAUGCGCGCUGCAUUUGAAGGGGAUCGUGCCGGCAAUGCUCGGGUGCGGCAGCAGCAGGAUGAUGUGGAAGCGGCGACGGAGGGCGCGAAUGCAGCAGGUGGUCGAUCGCCUGGUCCGGAUGCUGGUCAGGAGCCAGCGCCGUCUGGUCGUACGCCAAAUAUCCCGGUGACAGGCGUCUUCGCUCGGCCGUCGCCCAUGGCGGCCGCACUAGCCGUGCCGGGCGGUACAGCUGGUGUCGUUGUGUCGCCUGCAGCCGCACUGCAGCCAGACGGAUACAUCGGACCUGGAGUACACAUGCUGGGGCUGGAUGACGUCGAGGUGCACCAUGGGGACGCAUACUCUACUUCCGACCCUUUAGAUGAUAGUACGGACCCGUCAGCUAUCUUGCAGCGCCUUCAGCAAGGUGGCGUGGUGGUUAGUGCAGCCGGUGGGCGUGGCGUACAGCCCAUGGACGAGUAUGACCCGGCAUUCCUCUCCUCGUGCCACCUUGACGCAUUCCCGUUUGGCGCUGACGGUUGGCGUCCGGACGGCAUGUCUACAGAACGGUAUGCGCAGCAUCUCGUCCGGCGAGCGCCACGGGAGCAGUUCGCUGGAAAUGCUACGUUUUUGAGUCACAUAUUUGACAUUAUCCAGAAGCAGCGCACCAACUGCCUGGCGUACGUGGUCGCGCAGAUGACGCCAAGCACGCUGCACGCAUUCGAGCAGUUCCCUGAUGACGUCCUACGAGACGUGGCUACUGUCCUCGCCGCCAGAAGCAAUGACGCUGCCAGGCAGCGCGUGGUUGCCCAGUUUGGGCAGCCCAUCCGUGACAUUGCGAAUGGUAUCCGGCGGGUUGCAGCCAAAGUUGACUUAACCGACGCGUACUACCAACACGCGCACAGCCUGACAAAAGCCGCUGACAACAUGGUCGGCCCGCCCAGCAUGUUCUACAACAUCAACCCUGCGGACAUGUACAGCGGCGUGGUAGCAGUGGCAGCUGGUGAGGUGGUGGAAUAUGACCAGCAGACCGGCCGCCCAGUCGAUGUCCCGAAUGUCGUUCAGCGGUGGCGCCAUGUAGCGGCGAACCCUUUUGCUUGCGCGGAACUGCUGCGGGUUAUGAGGCUUGCGCUAGACAAGUACAUGUUCGGUUACGAGCCGGGCGCCACGCAGCAGUCCAACCCGCACUGCUUCAUGGGCAGAACGCUGUACCAUAUCAGCAAGGUGAAGCAGAGCGGCCGCAUGGCGCUGCAUGUGCACGGCGGCGCCCUGGUUGCUACCUUCGCAGUCGAGCGCCUGCAGCAGCUCUUCGAUGGGCCCAACUGCAAGGCGCUCGCGUUAGCUUAUGCGGUGCUGAACAUGUGGCUACCGUCGCCGUACCAUUCGCCCCGCACCCCCCAUCCGUUUGCCACGCCGUCGGGCCAAUCCCAAGCGGCCCCAGCUCAGGAUCCGCAAGUGCCGCCUGCUGCGUACGACUUCUUGACCAUUGCGAACACUCACGGUGGCCAGCGGGACGAGACGGAGCGCCAAGCGGCUUGCGCGGAGCAUUUGGUGCGUGUCGUAGAAAGCACCCAGCAACAUGACCACAGCUCCACGUGCCAGCGCCAUGGCUGCAGCGGGAAGGACGGCGAUUGCGGCAUGAUGUUCCCCCGGAUCAUACGCCUGCUCAUGCGCUGGAUAGGUACGGCGGGCAUGUUCCUUUUGCCGCGGCUGGGCGCCACCGUGGUACCUUCCACGCCAGGCGUGGCGAUGGCGACAGGGUGCAACCACCUGAUGAGCCUAGCGUGCGAGGUUGACCACGACUACACGGCUGACGUCCAUCAGCAGCUCAGCACAGCGGACGGCACGUCGGCUGCCUGCCCGCUGGGGUCUGCAGAUGAUCAUGCACGUGAUGCAGCCGGAUACGCCACCAAGUACGUCACCAAGCCGCAGCCAACCGGAGCCAGCGAACAGCUGCUACGCGCCGCCUGCAGGCUUGAGGAGCGUCACGAGCAGGUACCGCACGCACCGCACAUUGGCACUACCAGGGAAGCACUCCACAAUUUGCGGGUGGCGCUAAACGUCAGCACCGGUAUGCAUGCCACCGGGCAGGCUAUGAUGGCGUACGUCUUGGCCGGUCACAGCACGUUUAAUGCGUCUUUCCAGACCGCGCCCCUGGUGUUUGGGCCCAUUCUAGGGCACGCACUGGAUGGUGCCGCCCACAGCGAGCACACCGCUCACGUGCUCGUCGCAGAUGAGCAGCAGCACUCGUACCGUGGCGUCUCGGACCUAACCGAUUACCUGCUUCGGGACUCGGGGAUGGACGCUCCAUAUUGGAGCCCCUUCUUCGUGCGUGCCAUGUUCGAGCGGCGGCGGCUGCCGGCCUCCAAGCAGCAAGAAUCAACCGGGGCCACUACGAACGCCCCCGCAGACGGCGCCAGCGGCGCGCAUGGGACUACUGUUUCUGGUGCUGCGGACUCCAGUCCGCCCGGCAAGUACGCGCGGUUCUCGUUUCACCACCCCAUGCAUGCGUCGCACGCACUGGUUCGACGGCCACGUCCAGUUUACGUCCAAUUCGUGGGCGCGCUUCCCGUGCGACCAGAGAGCGACAGUGCUGAUCCUGACGCAGCGUCUCGCUGGUACGCUUUCGUGCUCGGCGUCUUUUCCGCAUACCGUACGCCGCCCAGGGGCAACCACGCCACGCUGAGCGCGGCGUACGACCACUGGUGGAAUGUCACCUUGGCGGAUCCGCGCUGGGCUACGUAUAAGAAGGCCGUGCAGCGCAUCCUGGGCAACAUCGCGGCCAGCCAUGCCAGCAAGCAACGUGCCGUUCAGCGGUACAACCUGUGCAGGGCUGAGCUGGCCCAGCGGGGCGACGACCCGGAUGUGGAAGGCCCGCCAGAUGAGCACGAUGGUUCAGAGCUGCUCCCCAUCGGUUUGAACACGGUGCCCGAGGACGGUAUGGACGCCGUUGCAGCUGCAGCUGCGCAAGCGGCAGAUGCACUCCCGGACGUGGACGCUAUGGCUGGUUUCGACAUGACUAAACCGGAGGGCAGGUAUGCGUACGACGCUGUAACCCGCUGUAGUGACGUGCACCUUCCAAAUGGCCAUGGUGCGGACGCGGUGUCCUUUGUUCGGCGAGCCACCCCAGAAGACGGCCCCAUGCUGCGCGCCGCCGAACAGCGCCUCAAACAGUUUGUGCUGAGCGAUGCUGAAGUAGCUCCUGCAGCAAACAGCGACAGCCACCAACGGCUGCACGUUGCCGGCGGCCAUCAUGGCGACCCCGUCCGUGCGUGGGUCACCACAAUCGAUUCCAUCACCGGAGCCAGCACGGACAUUCACCUGCGCCCUGGAACCGCGCCGCCGUACGUACACAUGGCGACGCCGCCUACACCCGAGCAGACGAUCCAGCUCUUCACGCUGUCAGCAGAACAGGGCGUAGCGUUCUUGCGACGUUUUGCUUUGCGGCGUAACGGUAACGUCCACUAGAUAACGACCUGCUGUACUUUUAGCAUGAUAGAUCCGACGGCUGGUUGCACGGCACUGGGUUUGGUUGGUGUCCGUUUUGCUGGGGGUUACACUGCUGGUCACAUGCCACUAACUAGACUGUUUGGCACCAUACCAAGCUGUUCAGUUGUUGUUGACUUGUUGCCAGUUGCCAAAAGACUGGCGACAAUUGAACCAGGUUGUACGCUUGGCAGAGAAUACCUGCCGGCCGAUUGUACGGAGAUUGACUCCUUGUAGCAGCAACAUACCGCCCAUACAUUUGUCGCCUCCUCCCGUUCCACACCACAUACCCAACCUAACUUUCAGCUUACAUAACUCGCUUCCCUUGCCGAGCUACGGGUCGCUCCCGCCGAAGGCGGGCCUUACUUGUCAUCAAGUUUCCUUUUACUAAGCGUUCACGUCGAAGGGCAAGACAUGGCGCAAGUUUGGCAGUUG